CACAAUCAAUCUCGAUUCGCGAAGUAAACGCACCCGAGAUGAAAUUAAAUAUGCAACAGAAUCCCUAUCAAAUGAGCUGCACCACGCACGGCGCACGCGCCAGUCAAUCUCGCACGCGCGGCCCGAGCGCAUGUGCCGCCGCCGUUUCAAACUCGAAAUUUAAAAAUCGUAUCAGUUAAUCGGACUACCGGCCAGUGACAACCCAAAACUAGUGAUACGAUUAGUGUUUUUUUUUUCUAAAUGAAAGUGAUCGAUUAAUAAUCGAGUUAUAGGAAUGCGUAGAAAUCGUUUCGCACGAACGAACGGGUGGAAGACCAUCAUGGAGUAACCGCUGAAAACAAAUGAACUAAAAAAAGCCAAAAUGAACCGCGAUUACUACAAAGUAUCGUACACGAGCAACCGCAUGCCGACCAUCUCCGACGAUGUGCUCGACAACGUCGUCGACACGGAGUUCAACGCGAACCAGUUCAAGUUGUUCGACGACUUCACGACGGACAUGAGGAUCAACUUCAACUCGAGCAGCUUCCGGAGGAGGGGCGACCCGAACGACUCGGGCGUCGACAUGGAGAACGGGAAUCCGAUGGAUGACACCAAUGAAACUGAUUUGUUGGAGAACGAAGUGAUGGUAGAUCCCUGGAGCAGCAUGGACUCUUCAAAUUCGCCGUUAACUGACUCCGUACCAUCCGCCAGCGAUGACUGCACCCCGUCCACCUCCAGUGAACCCCCGCGCGGCUCGCAGGAUCCUUCCCCUCUGUCCCCCGAAGCGCGCCGCCCCAUCGACUCAAAACACCCCAAACCCCCUCAGACUCUACCCCCCAAAACGGACAAAGCGCGCUCUCGGGACCUCACACUAGCCCUGGAUCCCGACCCGCUCCCGCGCCGGCAUUUCCUCGACGACGAUUACCAGAACCCCUCCAAAUCGAAUAUAGAAUGUCGCAUCCCCAAACCACAUUUCCUCGACCACUCGCCAUCACCCGAUGAAUUUGACGAGCGCAGCGACAUCACCAACCCCAACUUCCUCGACGACGAAGCCGAGGACGACCAAGCGCAAAAGAAAGCCGGCGCCCUCCCCAAAAAAACUACAAAGAAUUCCUCAUAUUUACCUCAAGAAGAACGACCGCAUAGGACUAGUUACCGGAGUACGCUACAUUACGGCUUAGAAAAUGCGGCGAGAUCUAGUGAAAGAGACAAAAGAGCCUCACAGCUGUAUAGGGGCACAUGGCCCGGCGAGCGAGACAUUUGGACCGGCCACGACACCGCGAGCGUCCGGAGCUUCUCCAGCAACGGCUCGGCCGAAGGUCACCGGCCCUCCUCCAAUCUAGACAACAAAAUGGACUGCGUCAUCUCUCUCAUCUCCCUUCUUAGCUUAUCGCCAGAGAACAACGCCGACCUGAGCGGACCUCUACUAGAAAUGAGCAGAUCAGUGGAAAGCUGCAUCGCAAUGAGACAAGCGGGCUGCAUACCCUUACUAGUGCAACUGAUCCACUCCAAAGUACCCAGAGAGACGAGAGACCGCGCCGCAAAGGCGCUGCGAAACAUCAUCCACACUCAAACCGACGACAAAGCCGGCAGACGAGAAGCGAGAGUCUGGAGACUACUCGAGCAAGUUAGAGAAUACUGCUACAUCUUAGAAGAUGUCGUAGAAAACCGGAAAGAGGGGAAGGAAGUUAUCGAAGACGAUGGUAGUAAACAUCCGAGUCAAAGCGUGGCUGCGUUGAUGAAGCUGUCCUUUGACGAGGAGCAUAGGCACGUGGUGUGCCAACUGGGUGGUCUACAAGCUCUUGCGGCGUUAGUGAGUGGAGACCAAGCAGCGCACGGGAGCAGAACUGACGAUAACACGUGCCUGACGAUGAGGAAGUACGCCGGCAUGACGCUGACGAACCUGACGUUUGGCGACGGCAACAACAAGUCGUUGUUGUGCUCGUUUAAAGACUUCAUGCUGGCGUUGGUGGAGCAACUAGAAUCGCCCAAUGAUGACAUGAGACAGGUAACCGCUGCUGUAUUACGUAACUUAUCAUGGAGAGCGGACACCAGCAGCAAGCAGGUCCUGCGAGAAGUCGGAGCCGUGAAGGGCCUCACCAAAGCGGCCAUGACGUGCCAAAAGGAGGCCACCCUCAAGUCCGUACUCUCUGCCCUUUGGAACCUCACCGCCCACUGCUCCAUGAACAAGGUCGCCCUGUGCUCCGUUGACGGCGCUUUAGGGUUCCUCGUCGAUAUGCUCAGCUACGACUCCCCGACCAAAACCCUCGCCAUCGUAGAGAACGCCGGCGGCAUAAUGCGGAACGUCUCCAGCCACAUCGCCGUCCGAGAAGAUUACAGGCAAAUUCUCCGCGAGAGAAAUUGCUUGAGUGUCUUACUGCAGCACUUGAAGUCACCCAGUCUCACCGUCGUGAGCAACUCCUGUGGCACGCUGUGGAACCUCUCUGCGCGCUGCCCGCAGGACCAACAGUUCCUAUGGGACCACGGAGCCGUGCCCAUGCUCCGCAGCCUCAUCCAUUCCAAGCACAAGAUGAUAGCCAUGGGCUCAGGCGCGGCCCUUAAGAACCUUCUCAACUCCAAACCGGGAAAGACACACAUCAUCUCGCUAGACAGCACAGCUAGAACUAUGAACCUGCCUGCUCUGCCUACACUCGGAGCUAGGAAACAGAAAGCUCUCGAACAGGAGUUAGACCAGAACUUAGCCGAAACUUGUGACAACAUCGAACCGGCGACCUCCCCUACCACAAGCAAUAGGGACGAGAAGAGUCUCUUCACGGCCACCGAGCGGCAGAUCGCCAUGAACCUCAACAGAAUGUCCUCGAGCUCGCCUUUAAUGGGAGCUCUGACCUCACAAAUAUCACUCAGCCACAGCGCGCAUCUCGCCAGCUACCUUAGCUGCAGUAACACUUUAUUAAAAGGUGCUUUAGUCACUCGAUCUACCACGGGAAGCUCUAGCAACGUCAACCGUUCAGACAGCAAGGAUUCAGUCACGAGCGCUCAUUCCGACACAGUAUUCGAAAGGGUCAUGCGCACUGGCAAAGUCCCCGUACCGACACCCAGAAACAAAGACUUGAUGAAGAGUGAAUCAGGCGGCGAAGCGUUUAAAAUGGUCUCCAAACCUUUAGCCAAAGACGGUUUCCUGCGAUAUCCAACGCAACCUCCGAUACCACCACCGCGAACGACCGACAUGAGAACUAAUUACACAGAGUCUGGUUACGACGUCGACCAAGACUCUUGCGACCAGCCUAUAGAUUUCAGCAGAAAAUAUUCGGAAACCAAAACCAACGAGCCGGAACCGUCUUUAGCCGAAGGCAAACCCAAAGCUACCAAAAAAUACAAGAAAGAUAGUCCGAGCACCUUCGGAGAUUACCAAGAGACCGAUUUAGAUCAGCCAACGGAUUAUUCCCUCCGCUACGCUGAGCACCAAUCAGAAAACGGUUCAGACAUCUCCGAGCCGGCCGCCCACGAGGACACUAUCAAACACUUCGCCACUGAGGGCACUCCGUACGAAACCCCGAUCAUUUUCUCCACCGCCACCUCCAUGUCUGACCUUAGAGUCAUAGGCAAAGACGGGAAACCAAAAUCAACACCGAGCGUGAAAGAAAACCCUGAAGUCAUGACGCAUUCGGACGAAAAGGAUACUUGCUCCAUAGAAGAUCCUCCGAGACACGACAACGACAGAGCGAUAGUUACUCCCCAAAACCCUGAACCUAUCCCUGAGAAGCGAAGUGUGUUCGACACGAAGUUCAGCUCAGGGAUGAUAAGUCCAGAGAAACCAGUGAACUAUUGCGACGAGGGUACUCCUGGCUACUUUUCUCGAGUUAGUUCAUUGAGCAGUUUAGGAGAGCCCACAGAAGAAGACAGUUUGGCGAAGAAGAAUGCGAUGGCUACUAUUAAUGUGGAGCCGAGCGUUCAGGACCAAAGCGCCAGCUCUUCGAAGGAUAAAGAAGGUUCAAAGGCGGUGACAUUCGCAACGGACCCAGUAGCAGUGAGCUCCCAGCCUUCCACGCCAGGCCGCUUCGUAGAAGACACCCCGCUCAUGUUCUCUCGCUCGUCCUCUCUGGGCUCGUUGCCUGAGGCCGACGAGCAGCAGGACCAGGGUUCGGUGCUGUCUGAAGUCAGCCGGCUGACAUCGGGCUGCAUCUCUCCGAGCGAGAUCCCGGACUCGCCCGGCGCGCCCGCCUCGCCGCGCUGCGCAGACGUCGCUACGCCCCCGCCAGUGUGUGAACCGGAGCUGGACCUGCGCGAUCGUCGCGAAGUGUCCGUGUUCGAGGAGCGCACGUCGCAGUUCAUGGUGGAGAACACUCCGGCGCAGUGCUCGCCGCCGAACCUGAGCAGCUUGAGCAGCCUCACCAUCGAGGAGGAGGUCAAGGUCAGUGUUGGGAAACCUGUUGUGUUUGAGCGUAACCUGUCCCCAGUGUGCGAACCGGAGCUGGACCCGCGCGACUGUCGCGAAGUGUCCGUGUUCGAGGAGCGCACCUCGCAGUUCAUGGUGGAGAACACUCCGGCGCAGUGCUCGCCGCCGAACCUGAGCAGCUUGAGCAGCCUCACCAUCGAGGAGGAGGUCAAGGUCAGUGUUGGGAAACCUGUUGUGUUUGAGCGUAACCUGUCCCCAGUGUGCGAACCGGAGCUGGACCCGCGCGACUGUCGCGAAGUGUCCGUGUUCGAGGAGCGCACGUCGCAGUUCAUGGUGGAGAACACUCCGGCGCAGUGCUCGCCGCCGAACCUGAGCAGCUUGAGCAGCCUCACCAUCGAGGAGGAGGUCAAGGUCAGUGUUGGGAAACCUGUUGUGUUUGAGCGUAACCUGUCCCCAGUGUGCGAACCGGAGCUGGACCCGCGCGACUGUCGCGAAGUGUCCGUGUUCGAGGAGCGCACCUCGCAGUUCAUGGUGGAGAACACUCCGGCGCAGUGCUCGCCGCCGAACCUGAGCAGCUUGAGCAGCCUCACCAUCGAGGAGGAGGUCAAGCCAUCAGAGCUAAGCUUGAAGCUGUCCAUCGAAGACAACGGCUGCAAGAAUGACGGCAGCGAGCGCUCGCCAGCACCCCGAGCCCUCCCUGUCAGGACGAUCAGUGCACCACUACGAGGAACCCAAACCCCCGGCGACACGUGCCAGGUGUACUUCACAGAGGACACGCCGGCCAUCCUGUCCAAGGCGGGCAGCAACUCCAACCUGUCCGUGCUGUCCAUCGACUCGGCGCCGCCGCGGAACGCUCCCGACACCUCGGACAGCAGCAACCUGAGCGACGCGGACCUGCUGGAGGACUGCAUACAGAAGGGGAUCGCUAACGUGGUGAAAAACAAGCCGUCAUCGGACUUGUCUCAAGUUAACUACUCAGACCGGGAUAACGUUUAUAGAUCACUGCCCCCGUAUCUCCGGACAUCCACCGAAACCGUGAAGAUGUCACACGAACACGAAAGGAAUGUACGAGUGAGCCCCAGUCCUGUGACGUCCGCGCCGGCGCCGCCGCUGCCGCCCAAGGACUCGCGCCGCGCCGCGCCGCCGCGCCCGCCGCGCGCCGCGCGCCCCGACCACGAGCCGAGUGCACGACCAGAACGCAGACGCGAGAGCCGGCUGCCAAUAAAAUCGGCGCGGAACCUUGAAAAGCACUUCCCCGCCGCGCAUGACUCCUCCAGCUCCCUCAGCCUCGACUCGUUCGGCUCCACAGACCGCGAGAUCUUCGAGGAGACCGUGCAGGCCGGCCUCGGCCACGCCCGACACAAGGCCCACUCUGUAGAGAGACCCGCGGACCACGCGAGACCCGCUCGACACCACAGAUCCCUCGACCGGAGCGACAAAAUCUCGCAACACCGACCCAAAGUCAAGGACGAGGAGUUCGAGAGGAACCUCGCCUCGGGCGUGUACAAUAUCAAGAACGGCCCCCGCGGGCGGAGGCUCGACCGGGAGCUCGCCCCGACGAGGUCCCCGUACUCGUACCACGGGGAGUCCUCGGCCCACAGGUUCCGAGGUCACUCGAGGUACUACGACGACGGGCCCCCGAGCCUGCCCGCGAGGAUCGACGAGCCCCGGAGACAACCGGAGAGGAGCAACUCCCUGAGCUCCCUCAGCAACGACUCGUUCGGAUCUACAGACAAGGAGGUGUUCGAGCGCUGCGUCCGGAUGGGCAUGUCGAAAGCCCAGCCGAGGAGCGAAAAGCUCCGCGGGCGGAGCGACGACCGGGCCGAGCGCCGCGACGACCGGGCCGAGCGCCGCGACGACCGGACCGAGCGCCGCGACGACCGGACCGAGCGCCGCGACGACCGGACCGAGCGCCGCGACGACCGGACCGAGCGCCGGCGCCGCAAGGACAACAGGAGCCAGGGGGCGUUGGAUAGAAUGGUGGGGGAGGAGGCUCGCGACCGCGCGCUGCUGGAGGCGGUCAUCGCGCGCGGGGCGGGGGCGGGGGCGGGGCAACAUUCAAAAAACGUCCCCGCGCCGCCGGCGGCCGCCCCCGCCCCCGCCGCCGGCGGCGCCGAGACCACCCCGACACGCAGGCCUGGCUCUGAUGAUCCCGUCCCCUCUCUCGCUCCCUCGCUCGACUCCCGGGAACCUCCCGCUUCAACCCUCACGAGUAACGGCCUGAAUCGCUCCAACGAGUGCCUCGCGCCGCAGUCCGCGAAUACGACGCUGGACUCCGAGGUCCGCGACGAACUCGACCGGUCCAACGAGUCGUACGCGGACGUCCUCGACGGGUCCUGGAGCGACGAGCCGAGGAACUGCGAGGCGGCGACGUUGACGAGGAGGCUCGAGUACUCCGAUAUUAAAUACCCAGAGAGGGUCUUCGAGGAGUCGAAGCAUGACACGUGGAACGACAGCACGUGCCCUGAUGACGUCACGUUCCCGACUAUGAGCGGCUCCGUUCACAUGGUCUCCUCCAUCAGAAGUGAAAUCGCGGAUGCGGCCUUGGCGCUCCCGGAUUUGCUGGAGAAAAGUGAGUCGGUGAUGUCCCCCCGCCCCGAUCUCACCAACAAGCUGGACUCGAACCUGCAGAUCACUGAAGACAAUCAACUCGGUGACGUCAUGCUCGAUAACAUCCCCGAACCCAGCUAUACUUCCCUAGUUGACGACGGCGAACAGAAGUUUGACUCCCUCAUGGCGUCCGCUAUAGAGAAAGAGGCGGCCAGGUUGGCAGCGCAACUGAAAAGCUCUACGUACGGCAUGGAAAACAGUGUGACGUCGCUAACUUCUUUAGACCUAGACAAUGUCAAACCGCCGUCACAUUUAGGCAGUCUCCUCUCCUUGAGCGCCUCAGGCCAAUGGGAUGAUACGUCGAAGAAAUCCCAAAAAUCCCGCAAGAAAUCCCUCCCCGUCGCCAUGAUGGUUAAGAGAGCGCUCAGCAACUCCAUGCACCAAGGAUCCUCUGAACACUUGGAUAGCAAUCCUGUCAGUUUUCUGGACAAUGUCAAACCUCCUUCGGAAAUGGAGAAUUUGGACAUGGAGAGUAGCAUGGUGUCUGUGAGCAGCAUAGUGUCUGAGAUAGCAGAUAGAGAAAAGACUCCCAUAGUAUUUGACUUCAAACAGCCUAUUCAGGAUUUCCCUCUCUGUCACAACUUUAACCUCCUAGACUUGGACAAAGUCAAUCCUCCGUCGCUGUUUGAUGAAAUGGCAGAGUCCACGGUAGAAAUAGAGCCUACUACAGCGCAUCAGCUGCACGAUGAAAUUUCUAGCACCUUAAAUGUGGUCACGGAUAUUCCAUCCGGCUCUGAAAACUGCACGCCUCUCCCAUCGGACAUGAGCAGCGUCGAAUCCACUCCAAAGAAAACGAGAGACUCCAAAUAUUUGACCCCUAAAGAGAAACGAAAUGUCGCUAAAGAUAGAUAUCAAACUUACACUAUAAUAGACCCACCAUCUGAGUCGGAUGUUCUGACAGUGGCGUCUGAAGAAUUUAUGACGUGGACCAAAUCAGAGAGCGACAGGUCGGACGACUACGUCACGGCUAAUUCAGAUGCGAAAUCAAAGAGGAAGAUGAGCGCUAAACAACGACGGUUAGAGGACAGAGCUAGGUAUCAAACGCAGACCGUCAACAUACAGAGCAUCAUACAGGAGACGAAGGCAGUCGAUCCGCAAAUCGAGAGCCUAAAGCAGCGGCUAGCCGCCAAGAAGACUGUGAAACAGAAACGCGUCGAGGACGCCGAGAGAUUCAGGACUAGGACUCUCAGCGAGGACAUCCCUCCUUCCCCAACGUUCGUCACCAAAGACGCCAGCUUCGAAAACGUGGAAACGACUACAGGCUACGACAGUCUUUCUUCUAAUGAACUAAACCAUCAACAGAUUAUAGACGACAGACAAGAUGUCUUCAGGGAAACUGACAGCGGACACAACGAAGACGAUUUCGAACUGAACUCGACCCAAAUGCAAACGUACACUAAGAGCUUCAGGAACUACCUCCCCGUCAUAGAGAGCCCGGCCGCGGUGGACAUCUGCGUCGUCAACAACUUGAAGAACAUAGAAAUGACCGCGUCAUAUCGGAGGGCGCUGCAAAGCGAUAAAGUCCAAAACCCGAGCAGCAGCGACUUUGCAAGUUACGAGGGAGACACACAUUCCGACAACGAUUCUGAAGAAGAAGCUCCGAGACCUAAACCGAAGAUCACCAAACCGGAGAGACGAGAUGAAAGUCUAGACUCCAACGACUCACACGAGAAGGAGCCUAAAGCGGUCAGGGGCAGGAAGAAAGCGGCGUACGUCUCCCCUUACAGACGAAGCGUACCGCCCGCUAAGAAACCAACCACCACUCCAGCCAAGGCCCCAGUGAAGGCCAUAGUACCUCCCAAACCUAGUGCCAAAGCUCCGAGCAAAACUCCAACGACUUCCAAACCGCCCAGCGCCAAUACUUCACCUAAAAAGACUCUUAACAAAUCCCCAUCCAAGAUAGCUCAAAAAGCCGUCGCCAUUCCGCUAGUAGCCGGCAAACCUUUGCCUCUAGAACGACAGGGCACCUUCACUAAAGAAAGCUCAGUCCCCGCUAAAAAUUUACCAGUUCCCGUAGCAGAGAAGAAACCGAUCGUAUCUAGAUACGCGAAAACCGCCCCUAAACCCGCUGUUAACACGUCUCCGUCUAGAUUGCCGCAGCUUAACCGGUACUCGAAACCUCCCCUAAAGAAAGGCGGAAGCAGCGAGAAACCCGCGCCCAAACCCAAAUCCGCCAUGAGGAACUCCGCCUCCAACCACAGCCUACAGAGCAACGACAGCGCGAAAACUGUAACUCUAGCUUCCAGGGGCUCCAGACAAGGCAGCACUUCCAGCGUCAACAGCGCACAGUCUUCCAAAAUCAACUCUAAAGACGUAGAAAGCAAAAUAGCCAGUCUCUGGAAAAAGGUCGAGCAGACUAAGAAAGUGAUCUCCAAACCCGAUAAGCGGGUUUGGAUCGAGAGCGACAAAACGGAACAGCCGAAACUAAUCCGCAGUUCCACCUUCGAGGGUCAGCCGAAGCAAGCGCAAGUAUCUACUGCGCCUAAACAGAAAACCGCGAUAGGUAUCAAAGUGUCGCAAAUUCCCAGUUUGAGGCCAAAGUCUACGCCGUCGAAGGUCACCGCGCCUUCCGUGAAGAAACCGGUAAUUACUCGGGUGUUUACGAGGAAGCCGGCCAACGGACCAGUCACGUAAUGUGUCAAGUAUUAAAAUACUCAGUGAAUUAUGUUUAUGACUCGUAGAAUCAAGUGCGGAUCGAAGAUGUAUGAAAAAUUUAUCGAUGAGAGGUGUCAUAGUUGUUUCAACGAAUUUUUAGGCCGUAAAUUGGUGUUUUAAAUUAAGACACAUGCGAUAGGCCAGCCAGUGGUAAGCCAAAAAC